GCACACGUUUAAGGCAGAAAGGCAAGAGUUCUUUCCUUGCUGACUGUUGACAGCUGGCAGUCCCUUUUGUUUUCUUUUUCUUUUUGGUCACUCUUAACUUCUAUUUGCUUCUCAAAUCGAGAGGCUGAACUGAAGUGGAGAGGCUGUUCUUCCACUGUUGCAACAUUUGAAUCUCCCCCCCCUCUUUCACCUCCUCCGAUUCAAUUGCAGCAGCACCGUCAAUGGCUGCUCAGGACUAUUCUGCUUCAACUCGUUGGACGUUCCAGGCACUCCUUACUUUCCUCUUCAACUGUUUUUGUUUUCUUGAUUUCAAGAGGUUCUAUGAUUCCACAUUUGGGAGAAAGAAGGAGUCGAAGUCUCGGGAAGGUGAGACAUCCAAUUCGGCUUUGAAAAAUGAGACUAGUUUGGGCACAGCGGCAAAUGGAACUGCGCACGGGCCUGAAUUGGCCAUCUACGAGCAGUUUCGGUUGCAGAGUAAUUCAAGUUCUGCACCUGGAGCUGUGGCCAACCGUAAUACGGUGACUAUACAGAAGCCUUUGCUUCCUCCAUUGGAAUCUGCAGAAAUGCGCAACAUAGCUGAUUGCUAGGCAUCCUGACUGUCCUACACUGCCUUAUUCAGAGAUAUAAUACGUGGAAAUCCAGAUAUUAAGUGGGAAACCAUCAAA